AUAUCACUAAGUUAAAGACAAUUAUAUAGCAAGAGAAAACAACCCAGUGCCAGGAGUUAGGAGCUCUGAGCUUUGAGACCUGAAAGAAGAGCCCUACCCUCUAGGGACCUAUAUCCUCAUAUGAACAAUAAAGAGGUUAGGUGGAUUCUUGGCCUUGGCAGGUCAGCCUCCAGUACAACAAGCAACACAUCUGUGGAGGAAGCAUCCUGGAUCCCCAGUGGAUCCUCACGGCAGCCCACUGCUUCAGGUACAAUCAGGCCCAUCUGCCUGCCCUUCUUUGAUGAGGAGCUUGCUCCAGCCACCCAACUCUGGAUCCUCUGCUGGGGCUUUACGGAGCAGAAUGGUGGGAAGAUGUCUGACACACUGCUGCAGGCGUCAGUCCACAUCAUUGACCACACCCGGUGCAAUGCAGAGGAUGCCUACCAGGGAGAAGUCACUGAGAAGAUGCUGUGUGCAGGCGUCCCAGGAGGUGGUGUGGACACCUGCCAGGGUGACACUGGUGGACCCUGAUGUACCAGACUGACCACUAGAAGGUGGUGGGCAUCGUGAGCUGAGGACAUGGCUGUGGGGGCCCAAGUACCCCAGUAGUGUACACCAAGGUCACAGCCUAUCUCAACUGGAUCUACAGUGUGUGGAAGUCUGAAAUGUAAGGCUAUUGUCCCUCUGCAGCGUUCAGAGCUGCUUCUCUGCAGUCCCGCCCACUAGGGAUCCCCCAGAAUCCCACACUGGGGCUCAUCUCUCCACCCACGGCCUUGGCAUUUGCUAGAGCAGCAAACGGCCUCCAUUCCUGCAAGACCCUCACACCCCAGAGGCACCCAGAAGGAAGGCAGCUGCCGUAGCUCAGUCAUCCCCAGUGCUUCCAGAAUCCCAGGGAGAGAUGCAACCCGCUGAACGGAGCCAGCUAUGGACCCAGGUCUCAGAAACACUGCUCACUAAGGAGGAACUUUCCCCCUCUACUGAAUGGAAGAGGGUUCUUUCAUGAGAACCCAGAUGACCAGGCUGGAGAGGAGAAGAAGAGGGUCUGGCCAGCCCUCUUUCUCCACCCAUUUCCAAGCCCACCGGAACAAGAAACCAGGUGUAAUGUAAAUGCACAUCAAAACCUUUGGCGUGACUACUGUUACCUACAGGUGUUAUUAUUGUUACUUCUAA